AUGGGAAGGUUAUUCAAGAUAGACCUUGAGGGAUCUGUGUAUAAAUGCAAGCACUGCCAAGUUGAAUUCUUUGUUUACGACGAGCUUCCACUCAAAACGAUACCGUUCAUUGAAUAUCCUGCCAACCUUAGGAAAGUUUAUUUCUUCAUGAAAUGCUUCAAUGUGGUGAUCGAACCUGCUAAAGUGACCAUCAUUGUAGAUGGCAAAGCUGACAAUACAAUGCGUCCAGUGUUCUGUAUCGGAUGUGGCUCUCAUCUUGGCUCGUGCUACAAAGGCAAAGAUGAGUCAGAUAUGUACAGUGAAGGAAACUUCUUCAUAAAUAGGUUUAAGAUCCAUGGACCACCAGACGGAAGUGAUAAUGAGAAUCCAUGA